CAGUGUUGAAGGAGGCGGUGACGCAAAAGGGUUGAUCCUUUAAAGUUUAUUGGAGGAAAAAACUUCUUCGAGGUUCCGUACUGCUUUGUGCCACGUAUUUCCAUACAAGGGGCCUUUCUGAUAAAUGACAUGAGGUGAAAUCUGUGUGCUCCAUGCGCUUAAUCUAAAGAAAUCACCAGAAAACCCGUCUGUUUUUUCAGAGAAAAUUUCUCCCUUGUGAAAAACGGUGCAUUUGAAUGCGUGAGACUCUACACACUGGUUGCGUAUCAGUUUGCUUGCGACCUCAGCAUUACAGGAGAAAAUUAAUGUGCCUUUGAGUUCAGGAAGGCUGGUUGAACUCUUUCCCUUUAAGUGGAAAGAGAGAGAGAGCGAGAGUUGCCGGGCUGGUUGACUGAUAAAUUGUUUCUAUUUGGACGUUUCUUAGGCCACGUCACAGAUGUCACAGGUAGCAAAUCAAGAAGGAGAAAAGUCUAGAGUUCCUGCCCUCACGACCAUGACCGGGGACACCCUGGGUGCCCUGAGCCCCACCACGACGGGAGGCCCCACAGCAGCCUCGGCCCUGCCGCUGAUCCACGAGAUCUUCGCCAAGCUGAAAGCGCCCUCCUUCAUCCACGUGAAUUUGGAUGCCGUUGCUCACAACGUGGACGUCUUGCGCAGACUCGCCGGCCCCAAUACAGGCAUCAUCGGUGUCGUGAAAGGAAGCUCGUACGGAUCUGGUCUGUUACCUGUGGUCAAUGUCCUCCUCGAGAAGGGCGUCAAGGAACUGUCUGUUGCAACCGUGGCUGAAGCCGUCUAUCUGAGGAAAAAUGGCAUCAAAGUGCCCAUUUUGGUACUAGGUAAUUUGAUACAGAGUGAAGUCGUUGAUAUCUUGCAGCACGAUUUAAUACCGAGCCUUAGUUGGACAAAGCCGCUUGCUUCCCUCCCAAAGGAUUCACUUAUUUACUCAGAUGGGUCAAGACUGAAAGUAGCAAUCAACAUUGAUACAGGCAUGUCCAGAUAUGGAGUGCAACCAGAAGAUCUUCCUAAUAUGGUCAAGGCCUUGGACGAAAUGGAGGUUGAAAUAUCUUCCUUGUACACCCACUUCCAGUCAGCCAUUACUGAGAAAGCAAAGAACCAAAAGCAAAUGGACAUCUUCCUGAAUGCUACUGAGCCAUACAAGAGUAGGAACAUUCUACGGCACGUUGCAGCAACAACUGGGUGUGUCCAAGGCAUUGGCACUGACUUGGAUUUUAUACGACCAGGGGGUGCCAUAAAUGGAUUAUGUUCAGGGAGUGAUCGAGAAGGGGUUGAAAAAUUUAUCAAGUGUGGUUUUAAGCCUGCAGUGUCAGUUUUAGGUCAGCCAAGUUACCACAAGCUUUUAUCACCUGGUCGUACCAUAGGCUAUGAUGGACUUUAUGAAACUCUAUCACAUGAAUGGAUAGCAAAUUUCACCACAGGAUGGUCGGAUGGCCUCAGUCGACGACUAAGCAAUGGUAUUGGGGGAGUCCGGAGAGUCAAGACAGGGGAGCUGUGCCCCAUUGUAGGGAGAGUUUCAAUGGACUCCAUUACUGUGCGCCUUCCGGAGGCUCCAGAGGAGAACGAGGUUUUCCAAAUUAUAACAGAUGACUUUGAUGAUACGACUUCUGCAGUUGGCAUGGCAAGAAAUUUGGGAGCAGCAGUUUAUGAAAUGCCAGGAAACUGGUCAACAAGACUCGCAAGAGUAUAUUCCAGAAAUGGGAAAAUUGUAGAGAUAUGUCCUUCUUUAGCUUAUACAUGUUAAUUUAUUAAAUGUUAUUUUUGUCAAAUCACUAUAAAAAAUUCACAGCAUCCUUUCAUCUGGUAUCCAGGAAUGUCCCUUACGACGCUUCUGAUUGGCUAGUGAUCAGCCAGUCACAGAACUGGAAACUCUCCAGUUUCCAAGACUGGCGAGCUUUCAGCCCUGUGACUGGAUGAUCACUAUCCAAUCAAGAGCAUCAAAAGGGAAGGGGCUGGAUGCAAGAUGCAAGAGUGCUGUGAACUUUUUAUAGUAAACGUUUGUGUUAGGUGUUAAACCUAAACCUUAAACUAGAAGACAGGUAUAAUGAUAAAGUUAUUUUUGUACUGCUGUAUUGUCAGUUCCUGAUUUCGAGAUUAAAAAGCAGUGUAACCAGAAGAUUGGAACAGACUGAUGUGUUAUGCUUGAAACAUAACUUCUAUAUCAGAUUUUUACUUGCGCACAUAUUUAAGAAUUUGUUUGAAGUCAUGAAGAGCAGAUUUUUAGAAUUUUGUUUAAGUCCUGAAAUAUGAAAACUUCACCUAAGAAAACUUUGAAACUAUAUUGCUCAUGCUAAGUACCUUAAAAUUUGAUAACUGCACAUGCAUGAAACACUUUGUAUUAUAUUUAUAAUCAUAAAAUACUGAUAUGUAUUAUAUUUAUAAUCAUAAAAUACUGAUAUUUAGCUAAAUAAAAUUAUUCAAAAUUAAGUCUUGUUAUUGGAAGCACAUAUGGUAAAGAAUAAGACUUUGAAGUCAGGAAAUUUCCUGUGAGACUUAACAAUAAUGAUUAACAGACCAAAGACCCUUACCUAAACAGAAGUCUCUCUUGAUUUCAUGAGGUUAGGAUAGUCUGAGGAGGAUGGAAGCUCCAUUGGUGCCUUUCAAAGACGAUUCAAUACAGCAAUCUCCUCUGUACUGUUCUUACCCUGUCCUGUAUCUUUCUUCUGAACUGGCAAUAUCCAUACCCCAAUUAAUUACCAAUAUUUUCAUCAUAAUUUGGAUCAGCUACAUCCAAAAUUAAGGAAAGCUCAUACUAUUCUCCCUCAGAAGCAAGAGAACAACACAUCCGCCAAUGAAAAAAAAAUAUGAACCAUCAUUUAACACUUCUUAGAUCUUCAAGACUAGAACUCAGGGACCAGGGAUCACACUUAUUAUAAGAGAUGUCUUCUAUUCACGGUCACAGACUUUAAUAACCUUGACAACCCAUGCCUAAUUUUGAAUGAGAUACACAUUUUCACCAAGCCCUGACUCAUUCAAUAAUGAAUUGGCCAUACAUUGCCUAAGAAAAAAAAACUGCAAAUAUUGAAGAUGGUUUAAAACAAAAGUAACCAUUUGUAGGUUAUUCCCAUGGCACUUACUUCAUGAACACUCAGUAAAAGAGUAGGAUAAAAUGCUGCAAGUAAAAAAAUUAACAUAAAACUCUGCUGCCUCUCGUGGAGACCAAGAAUACCUGCCAACAGUAGCCUACUUAUACCUAUACUUCUUACCUAUUUAUAUAUAAUGACCCAGGCCAGAUUUACACCAAGAAUUCCUGCCAACAACACACUACUUACAACUACUAUAUAUAAUUGACCCAGGCCAGUUUUCCGCUAACAACUAUGAACAGUUUAGACAGCAUUUCUAAUCUCCAUAUAUCUUGGGAAACUAUCAAGGGUUGUGUGGAACUGUAAACAAAAAGUAUCCAGCAAAUCAAACUACAGCAUUAGUUUAAAACACAAAAGACUUCUCUCAUUCCACUCAUUUUACUCAAAUAUAUCUUGUACAUUGACAAAUAUUCACAGAUAGCACCUUGCCAGUGAUAGAAGUUUCACAUCAACCUAAUUUACAAAAUAAAUGAAAUUCAGUCUCUACAAAACUGAAGACUUGCAAAAUAUAAAUGAUUUUAUUAUUCAAUAAGAGACACAUCACAACCUAAAUACAAAAAAUAUUCUGAAAAACUGAUACAUAAUUUGAAAAGAUGGACAAAGCAAAAACUUAAUAGUAGUAAAUCUAUAUGGCUGAACCUUAAUAAUAUUAGAGAAUCAAAAUGUAUACUGUAUAUACAUUUGUUUAUUGAUCCAUCUGAUUCUAUGAUAUUCACAACUUUUGGCCUAAUGGUCACUGUAACUUAAGGUGCAAUAAUAACAGUUAGACAC